AGAAAGGCCCAGUCUUCGUCCAGAAGAAGCCGACCAUGUAUCCGCCCUGGAACAGCACUUUCGACGCCCACAUCCACAGGGGACGCGUCAUGCAUGUUGUGGUGAAGGACAAGAGCGCCGAGAUGGUCUCCGAGACCACGGUGGAACUCAACCUGGUGGCUGAAAAGUGCAAGAAGAAUAAUGGGAAAAUUGACAUUUGGCUGGAGCUAAAACCCCAAGGAAGGAUGUUAAUGAACGCAAGAUACUUUUUGGAAAGUACUGAUGACCCAGAGUUUAUCGACUGUGAAAAGGAAGGUUUUUUCUCCCUGCAUCAGAGGAGAGGGGCCAUCAAGCAAGCGAAGAUUCAUAAUGUCAAGUGCCACGAGUUUACAGCCACUUUCUUUCCCCAGCCCACGUUCUGUUCUGUUUGCCACGAAUUUGUCUGGUACGGCCGAGGGGGGUCCUUUUGGGGUUGGUCUGUGAAGGACAGGGUGCAACUUUGUUUUUGGAUGGGAAGAUGCUUCCUCUGGAGAGCUGCUAUGAUCCAUUGGUCCAACAGAUGUUAUGAUCCCUUGGUCGAAAGAGCCGCUAUGAUUUAUUGAUCCAAGGAUCUGUUGUGAUCCAUUGGUCCAAAGAGAUGCUAUAAUCCAUGGGUCAAAAGGUGUUCUGACCCGUGACCCGUCAAAACCGCGGUCCACUAAAGCGCGCCCGAUCAAAGCGCUCUCGUGACGUCAUCAGC